AUGCCUUUCACUUUCAAGCAAAACGUCUCGGCACAGCAGCUGGCCGACAUCCUACCGAACGGCGUCGCCAUCCUCACUCACCGACAUGAACUAGUCUCUGUGAAUCGCCGCUUCCGGGAACUCAUCCCAUACCCCAGCGUCAACUUCUCCGACUGUUGGUUACGGUCCGUCCAUCCAGACGACUACGACCGGGUGUCCACUGGGUACCAGGAGGUCGCAACCUCGAAACAACCGCUACGUCUCGAAUACCACACCCGUGACCCGGACUCGAUUUGGUGUGUUAUGACAUUGGAUCGGUUGGAUGAUAGGGAUGUACAAUGCUUUGGGCUAGGCGAAGGUGGGGUGUUUAUAUGUACAAUCGCAGAUAUCACCCCGGAGAAAAGGGCUGAGCUCGUACAGAAGCAGGCUGCAGAAGAGGCACGGGAACGCAAGAGGCAGCAAGAGCGAUUCAUCGAUAUGAUCAGUCACGAAAUCCGCAAUCCUCUAUCUGCGAUUGUACAUUGCACAGAGGAUAUUCAAGAAGCAAUCUAUAACAAGAAGCCGGGGGAAAUCUCGGUCAUGGAUAUCACCGAGGCGACCGAGACAAUCAGUCUCUGCGUCAGGCAUCAAAAGAAAAUUGUGAAUGAUGUUCUCACCUUUUCGAAACUGGACGCAUCGAUGCUGCCGCUGUCACCACGAAAGGCCCAGCCACAGCGACAUCUCACCAUUCCGAUGGCAAUAUUCCGACCCGAGCUCCGAAAGCAGAGGAUACACUUUGAAUACAAGGCUGAUGUUUCCUACGCUAAAUGCGGCAUUGAUUGGGUCAUGGCAGAUCUAGAUCGGAUGGGCCAGGUUCUCGUCAACAUACUCUCAAAUGCUAUCAAAUUCACAGCCAAAUCGGAGAACCGGCGAUCAAUCCGAGUUUCAGUGGGUGCUUCGCUCGAGCGUCCACCUUCCUACCCGCCAAAUAUUGUCUUCUUCGAUUCAGGUCUAACAGGGCUCCGUCAAGAUGCGACUGACAAUCCCGAAUGGGGAGAUGGCGAAAUUGCAUAUAUCAUGGUCGCCGUCAAGGACUCGGGUAUUGGGGUCACCGAGGAAGCCCAGAAACGGCUCUUUGAACGUUUCAACCAAGCAACUCCCAAAACCGAGAGCAUAUACGGCGGGUCUGGCCUUGGGCUAAACGUGUGUAGGAAACUCUGCCAUCUCCAUGGGGGUGAGAUUGGCGUGAGCUCAAAAGAAUCUCACGGAAGUACCUUUGGGUUCUUUUUCAAAGUGCGCAGAACAACCAACGAAGGUGGCGAAAAAUAUGAAAGCCCCAGUGUUUCUGCAAUCGAUAAGCUUUGUGUUGAUAUCCAGUCAAUGGGCAAUAAAAUGUGCGGUGUGGACCAAACAACGGAAGAGCCCCAGAUCCCGGAAAACCCCUCUGAAGAUGAGAGUUUUGAGGCAGAGCCAGGUGCCCCGAAGGACAAACCCACAGCGCGAACCCACAGUAUAGCCCGUGAGGUCAAGAACGAGGAGAUCAAACGGGCAAAGCGAAAUCCUCCAUCACAUCCUGACGAUGAGAAACUAACCGGUAACGGUCAGCGUAUUCUCUUGGUUGAGGACAACAUUAUCAACAGGCGAAUCAUAUCGCGCAAGUUGAACACACUGGGCUUUGAUAUAUCGGAAGCGAGCAACGGGAAAGAGGCUGUGGAUGCGAAUCAAAAUGAACCAUUCGACUGCAUCCUCAUGGAUCAGCAGAUGCCUGUGAUGGAUGGAAAUUGUGCCACGAAAGCAAUCCGUGACCUUGAAAAAGAAAGCGGAGGACAUGUUCCAAUUCUGGGAGUCACAGCAAAUGUCAGAGAGGAGCAACAACAGGAAAUGGUAGGUGCUGGAAUGGAUGAUAUCAUCUAUAAACCUUACGGGACUCAGGAGCUUGUUAGAAAGAUCAAUCGCAUGGUUUUGAAAGAAGGGAAGCCAUGA